GAACAACUCCCAUCUCUCUCUUUCUCUGUGGAAUCAUCUCAUCACUGCGUCUCUCUCUCUCUCUCUCUCUCUCUCUCUCUCUCUCUCUCUGGUUGUCUUUUUCUUGAAGUUCUUCACUCUCUGGCGUUGGUCUUGCGUGUAUUCUCUGAGAUCUGAGUGUUCUUUGUUGGCUGGUUGGAAUCUUGGCAUCUAAGACUAGUUUGAGCAUCCGGGUAUUCUACGCAGCUUCAAAAGGGUAAAAUCAUGUUGCUUCAACAGUUGAAAGAAUACUGCUAGAAAGAGAACUACAGCCAUGAAUAAGAGGAAUUUGUGGGUCAUAACAUGUGCUGCUGUGGGCUUGAUGUUGAUGUUGUCCAUGCGGUUUUCACUAGCAUAUACCAAUGACCAAGAUGUGUAUGCUAUCAAUAACUUAUAUUCUGCGCUUGGCUCACCUCCUCUACCUGGAUGGGUACCAAAUGGAGGAGAUCCCUGCACAGAGAGCUGGCAAGGUGUCCAGUGCAUUGGUUCAAAUAUAACAGCAAUGUACGUUCAUAGAAUUCUUAACGGAGCAAAUUUGGGAGGAGACUUGGGUGAUAAGUUGCAAAACUUUACUUCAAUUGUAACAAUAGAUCUGAGCAAUAACAAUAUUGGUGGAAGCAUACCAGAGAAUUUGCCUUCUACAAUGAGCAAAUUUUUUCUUGCAGCCAACCAGUUCACUGGAAGCAUCCCAAAGUCUCUGGCAGAGUUGGCACUUCUUUCAGACAUGUCAGUCAAUGAAAAUCAUUUAACAGGGGAAUUGCCUGAUGCUUUCCAGUCUCUCACUGGUCUGAUAAAUUUGGAUCUUUCAUCGAACAAUUUGAGCGGCCAAUUGCCACCUUCCAUGGGAAGCCUGUCAUCUAUUACCACCCUGCAUAUUCAGAAUAAUCAGCUCUCAGGAACCCUUGAUGUCUUGCAGGAUCUUCCUCUCAAAGAUUUGAACAUAGAAAAUAAUCUUUUUUCUGGACCUAUCCCUGAAAAGUUGUUGAAUAUACCGAACUUCAAAAAUGGCGGUAACCCCUUUAAUACCUCUAUUGCUCCAUCACCAACACUGUCUUCACCACCAUUGUCUCCUCCUGGGGCUUCUGCUCCUGAAACGAUGCCUAAGAAUUCUUCUGAUGGACCAGCAGACCAGAAUGGUAGCCCUCCAAGGAAAAAUAAGAAAGUUUCAGCUUUGAAGGUUAUUGGAUUUGUAGUUCUGGGUGUAUGUGUUGUAAUAGUUGCAGUGCUAAUGGUUAUGUACUGUAUGUCAAAGUACCAAGACCGAAAGUCCAAGCAUGAAGCAAUACCCAAGAGGAGGGAAGAAAGGAUACAUGAAAGGCCCAAGGAUCCAAAAAUUUACCAAGAAAGAAAUUUGAUUGGGGAAGAAAGGAUACAUGAAAGGCCCAAGGAUCCAAAAAUUUACCAAGAAAGGAAUAUGAUGGUUGGAAAAAACCCAAAGGGACAGAAGGAGAAGGUGCAGGAGAGGUCCAAGCAUCCCAUAAAUCAUGGAAACUUGAUUGAACCAAACAGGAAAAUGGAGAAAGCUCCACCAGAGGCUGCUGAGACCCUUAACAGAGACCAUGAAAUUGAUAUAGCAGGGACAGAAAUGCUUGAACUGCCACCUUUGCCUGAAAAGGUUAUUGUGAAUCCUAGAGUACCUGCUGAAAGCAUUACAAAACCUCCUUCCCUAGAUCUACUCCCACCAACUUCUGUGACAUCCUUUUCUGUUGCAUCUCUUCAACAAUAUACCGGAAGUUUUAGAGAAGAAAAUGUCAUCUCAGAUGGGAGAUUUGGCAAGACAUAUUUGGCAGAGCUUCCUGACAGGAAGUUAUUGGCAGUGCUGAAGCUUGAUAAUGCAAACUCGAACAUGCCUGUCGAUGAUUUUCUUGAGUUGGUGUUGGCAAUCUCAGAACUUCGUCAUCCUAACAUCACCGAGCUUGUGGGUUAUUGUGCUGAGUUUGGACAGCGGUUGCUUGUUUAUAACUACUUUAGUAAGCGCACCUUACAUGAUGUACUCCAUGGUGGAGAUGAUCUAAAGAGGAAAUUGUCAUGGGAUGCUCGUAUCAAGAUAGCUCUUCAAUCUGCUAAAGUUUUAGAGUAUCUCCAUGAAGCCUGUCAACCACCAGUUAUUCAUCAAAAUUUUGAGCCAGCAAAUGUUCUUCUUGAUGAUAAAUUAGCUGUCCGUGUCUCUGAAUGUGGCAUGGCUUCUCUUGUGUCAUCUAAUUCCGUAACUCAGUUGUCAGGUCGUAUACGCUCAUUGUUCAGUUAUGAGGCACCAGAAUUAAAUGAGUCUGGGUCAUUUACUGACCGCAGCGAUGUUUACAGCUUUGGAGUUGUCAUGUUGGAACUCCUCACAGGACGUUUACCUUAUGACAGUUCUCUACCUCGACCAGAGCAGCAUCUUGUGAGAUGGGCUAGUUCUCAGCUGCAUGACAUCAACGCAUUGUCGCGCAUGGUUGAUCCUUCAAUUGAUAAAAAAUACCCCAUCAAGUCAUUAUCACGGUUUGCAGACAUCAUUAGUCGAUGUAUUCAGAGAGGACCAGAAUUCAGGCCACUGAUGUCUCAAGUGGUGCAAGACCUCAAGCUUGUAGUUGAAGAAUCUAGGAAUAGAUCUAUUGGUGAAGAUCCUAUGGGACAAGCAAGUACAUUCAAAGAUGAAGAUGGCCAAUGAGUGGAGCUUUUUGGAGUACCAAUGAAAAUCCCAAAGAUGGCCAAUUUAUGGCUUCAUCAUCGUUUUCCAUUGUUAACAUAUCCCUACUGCUUAUGAAAUCAAGUCAGCUCGCUGACCCUAGGUUGGGGAUGUUAAGUCUUAUAUAAUUUAUCGCUUCGUUAUGGUUUUCCAGUGCUAACAUAUAUAUAUCCCUACUUUGAAAUCAAGUCAGCUAGCUGACCCUAGGUUUGGGAUUUUAGGCCUUAUACAAUUAUUCAUCUUUGUAAUAUUGGCAUCCUAAGCCAGUGCCGCCUACUAUUUAUAUAAUGUGCUGACACUCAUUUGUUCAAUUGUAUCAAUUCUCAUUUUUUU